AUGUUCUUUAAUGAAUUAAGUCCGAUCUAUUUUGAAGUACCUAUCAGCCGCAAUCAAACAGAAACUGUAUGGGUGACUGAUAGUGUUACCAUGGCAUAUGUGAGACGUCGUAUUAAUGAAAUUAGUGGGAACUAUUUGAUUGAACCAAACUACUUAUCAUCAUCAGCAAUAGGAGCACCCACAGCUGAUAUUAUUCCAACAUCAACAAAAUCAUUGAAUAUGGCUGAAAAUCAAUGUCAUGGUGGUUAUCCAUCAAGAAAUAUUCUGAUAGUUUUUGGUUUGGGUAUGGUUCUAAUUAUCGUACUUUUGUUACUUAAUUGCUAUGGAAUGAUAGUAAUACGACGAUCACGACAUCGUAAAGACAUUGAAAACAUUUCAGCUGACCCAUUAGAGUUACAUGGCAUGUUUCCUGAUUUAAAUCAAAGAACUCGACAACAAAGUCAACAAGAAAUUCAUCAUUUAACAUGUCAACAAUAUUCGAAAUAUGAUGAAAUGGAUGCUCCUCUAUGUUCAUGUGCUUAUCGUCCAUAUAAAUCACCGUUCUGUUGUUGGUCUUUAUCAAAAGCAAUUAUAUAUACGUUUGAUGAACGUUUAACUGAUCAUCCACAUGGUAUUGCCCAAUAUUUAGCAAUAACUAAAUGGGCACAUGGUAUUGAAAACAGUUGA